AUGGGUGGCAACGGAAUGAAUGGAAUGGGUGGACGUGGGGGAAAUGGCAUGGGUGGCAACAUGGGUGGGGGAUACACCGGAGAAUGGGCGGUGGAAAUGGAAUGGGUGGAAGAGGAGGAUAUGGCAACGGAAUGGGUGGCAAUGGAAUGGGAGGUAAUGGUAACGGAAUGGGUGGGCAAUGGAAUGGGUCCAGGUGGAAUGGGUGGUAGAGGAGGCUAUGGCAACGGAAUGGGUGGAAAUGGUAUGGGUCCGGGAGGAAUGGGUGGCAAUGGUAUGGAGGACGUGGCGGCAACGGAAUGGGUCCUGGCGGAAUGGGUGCAAUGGAAUGGGACCCGGAGGAAUGGGACAAGGUGGAAUGGGUAA